GAAUUUCAUCUCAUCCUCGGUAGUGUCGUUGCACCUAGGUUCUAAGGUAAGAUGAUGAUGUUGGGAGUACCUGCUUCCCUGCAGCUACGUGCUGUUCUUACAACGCCAACUAAUUGCCAUUGUGGAUUGCCCCUGAUGGAUGCUAAGCGUAGAAAGGGCGUCGCCGCAAACCACAUCAGGAAACAUUAGAUCGAAGUCAGUAUCUCCCCCUAAAUAUGCAACACCCAGCACCUGCCUUCCAUUCUUCCAUCAUGCGAUGAUCUGUUUUCCUGGUCAUUGUUUCCCCAAUCAUCUGGUCAAUGCCGAGUUUGAUCUUUUUUAUUUAAACACAUCUCGCAUCUGUUUUUUGACCCUCUUCUCUUCUCUCUUCUCUCUUCUCUUCAUUCUAUCUCACCGAAAAACACAACUCACACUACAAAACAAUACCGAUACCAAUACCAAACCUACGGAAAAACAAUCUACUCUUUUAAGACUUUUCAUCGGAAAAUCAACCAACCAAUCCUCGCAGCCAAAAUGCGCUUCUCCAAGAUUUCCGUGCUCAUCACUCGCACCAAGAAGGCCCCCCAGCCUGGUGGCGACACCACCCCUAGCGGUUCCGGCGAUCACGGCCCGAGCGUCGGAGGUGGCGGGUGCUGCCGUGGCGGUGACGGUGGAUGCUGCGGCGGAGGCAGCAGUGGAGAGGGAGGCUGUUCUGGUGGCGGUUGCUCUGGCGGCGGAUGCUCCGGCAAGUAAUUGACUGAUCAUUGAUGGUCUCCUACCCACCACCUAUGGUUACGACUUGUGGGCUCGGAGUUGGCAAUGGGUAUAGGGGCGGUCUUUGAGGAGAAAAUGGAGGAGGCGGGAUAGCAGUGAUGGUUGAUGAAACGGGAGGCUGGUGAAGGUUAUGGGAAUGGGGCGGUUUUUAUUCCUUUCUCUUGUUCUUACCUGAGGGUAUACCUAAUGGAAUGCGAUGAGUUUUUGCCACGUAUGCGCGAUACAAGACAACAGUGAUUGA